UACCAAGUUGUACGUUUAAGAAUUAUGGAAAAUUCAUGGGCAUUCAGGAUUAUGUACUGGAGAUUUAUGCCUCACUUUCUUUUGAUUUUUGUCCAAAGCAGUUUUUCACUUCUCUACUUCGUCACGGAAGCUGCCUUCAAGCAUGGGUUAAAUCCUCAUGUCUAUGUAACUUAUCGAUACGUUUUAGGCUGUUUGCUGGUCCUUCCUUUUGCAUGUUUUCUAGAAAGAAAGGUGAGGCCGAAGAUGACACUUCUAUUGUUCUUGGAGAUCUUUGUGCUUUCUCUUCUAGGGGCUAGUUUGACCCUCAAUAUGUACUUUGCAAGCUUGAAAUACACCAAUCCUACUUUCGUUACAUCGAUGACCAAUGCCAUUCCCUCCAUGACUUUUCUAUUUGCGGUUAUACUCCGGUUGGAGGUUAUUAAUGUAAGAACUCCUCGUGGGGUUGCUAAAAUCGUUGGAACCUUAAUGUCCUUGGCAGGGGCCUUGGUACUUGCAUUUUACAAGGGACCUAAGAUGAAAAGCUUGCAGGGUGCUCCAAUUCAUAUCAGAAGUAGUCAUGUUCAACAGAACUGGAUGAAAGGAUCAUUUCUACUUUUGGCGAGUUGUAUAACAUGGUCUCUGUGGUUCAUUUUGCAGGUAUAUACUUUGAGAAAGUAUCCUGCGCAGCUAUCACUAACUGCCUGGAUAAACUUUCUUGGGGGAGCACAAUCAGCUGUCUUCACCUUGUUUAUACAACAUAAACCAGAGGCAUGGGCUAUCAAAAUUGACAUCAACUUCUGGUGCAUUCUGUAUGCUGGAGUUGUAAUCUGUGCUGUAACAGUAUUCGUUCAACUGUGGUGCACAAAACAGAAAGGGCCAGUAUUUGUAACCAUGUUUUCUCCCCUUUCAACAAUACUUGUGACAAUUCUUGCCUACUUUUUGUUUGGUGAAGAACUGCGAACAGGCAGCUUGGUCGGAGGAGGCAUUGUUAUUAUCGGAUUGUACCUACUAUUAUUAGGCAAAGAAGGUGAUCAAGAUCGGACUAAGUCCAACGAGCAAUCAUUUCCAAUUCAUGAUCAGGAGAAGGACCUGAAGAUACAGAUGGAAACUUCAGCACAAAGAGAAGCGGCCCAUCAGGAUCCUGAGAAAUAAACCUGCAGCAUUUUACUGGAAUAAGAUUAUGUAUCCUCAAGAAAAAAGAAACGAGGGGAAUAAGAAAAAAUUGAAGUAUUAUCUCUCCCAGUGAAGGGCUCUCUCCCCCAGCAAAAUCAGAGUUCUUUUACCACCCCUGUCAAUAGAAACAUUAACCCCCUUAGGGUCGACCACCAAUUGGAUUAAUAGAACUGAGAUUUCUUGAUGUCCCUGAGAUUCACAUACUUAUGCAAUUUGAAAGAAACCAAGAUAAUUUCUUUAUAACAUAUAUUAGUUGUUAAACUCAA